AGCUGUACAUGGAGAUCUUGCUGGGAAAAUCGGCUUGCUCCCCUCACCGCGUCCAGCCCAAGAGAACCGCCGCCGCUGCCACCCAGGAGCUUCCGCGGCCACUGUCUGAGCACACCCCUCCGAGAGUCCAUUCGCCGCUUCCCAGCUCCGAGGUGCCUUCAAGGGCCCAAGAUUCUUGUCCGGAGAGGAGAGGAUCUUAGAAAAUGGAUGCGCUGAGACCUCUCUGCAAAGCCUCCGAGAGAGCCUGAGGAGCGAGGACGGACACGUUCCUUACAGCUUUAAAAACAAAUCACACUCAAGGACCAAAACAACAACCAAAUAAUUUUUAUUAAAACAAUAAGCGCCCAAGAACCCAGAUCGAGCUGGUGGGGGAGGGGAAGGGGCAGGAAGGGGGAGGGUCGCACCGAGGUAGCUCCACGCUAAGCUGCGACCCCGCCGCCUCCCGGCACAGCCGGGCCGGCUCCUGCAGCCCCAGCUUGGACUCGCCCCGGAUUCCAGGUCAUCUUCGGAGUCAGGAGUCCCGUGGCCGGCGUCUGCGGGACUGCCUCGCGGGAGCCGGCCGGCACUUUUGCAUGAGCACCGGAGCGCUCUGCCUGGUCGCUGCAGCGGGGAACGCGGGAGCCGGCGCGCGGGCUGUAGAGCUGGGCGGGCGGCGGCGGCCAGCAAGGGCGCACCGUGCCGGGACCAGCUCGCCGCGCCCCAUGGGGAGCCGGCGGCCGCGGCACAGCUGAGGCGGGCCCGGCGGGCCAGGCGCGGGCCCCGGGCUGCAGCGGCCCCCUCUGCGGCUGCAGGGCCGGCCCGGGAGCCCGGGGGUUGGGGGGUGGGGGGUGGGGAAGGCCGCCGAUCGCCGAGGUCGGAGCCCGAUCGGAGGGCGCGGCGGGGCUGCGCGCACGCUGGGGCGCGUGGAGGGCCACGGAAGGCGAGAUGAGUCUGGUGGGGGGCUUUCCCCACCACCCCGUGGUGCACCAUGAGGGCUACCCAUUCGCCGCAGCCGCCGCCGCCGCUGCCGCCGCCGCCGCCAGCCGCUGCAGCCACGAGGAGAACCCCUACUUCCACGGCUGGCUUAUUGGCCACCCGGAGAUGUCGCCCCCCGACUACAGUAUGGCCCUGUCCUACAGCCCCGAGUACGCCAGCGGUGCCGCGGGCCUGGACCACUCCCAUUAUGGGGGAGUGCCGCCCGGCGCCGGGCCUCCCGGCCUGGGGGGGCCGCGCCCGGUGAAGCGCCGGGGCACCGCCAACCGCAAGGAGCGGCGCAGGACUCAGAGCAUCAACAGCGCCUUCGCCGAGCUGCGCGAGUGCAUCCCCAACGUGCCCGCCGACACCAAACUCUCCAAGAUCAAGACACUGCGCCUGGCCACCAGCUACAUCGCCUACCUCAUGGAUCUGCUGGCCAAGGACGACCAGAACGGAGAGGCGGAGGCCUUCAAGGCGGAGAUCAAGAAGACCGACGUGAAAGAGGAGAAGAGGAAGAAAGAGCUGAAUGAGAUCUUGAAAAGCACAGUGAGCAGCAACGACAAGAAAACCAAAGGCCGGACAGGCUGGCCACAGCACGUCUGGGCCCUGGAGCUCAAGCAGUGAAGAAGAGGAGAGCAGUGAGCCGGGGGCCAAGGCGCCAGAUGCAGACCCAGGACUCCCCGAAAGCCCUCGGGCUCCGUUCUGAGGACUUCUUGCAGUUGGAUCAUCCGGUUUAUUUAUGUGCAAUUUCCUUCCCCUUCUUUCUGCCCGCCCCCACCCACCCACCUUUGAGCAUCCGCUCCCCACCUCCCUCUCCAAAAAAAGGUGGAUAUUUGAAGAAAAGCAUUCCAUAUUUUAAUAUGAAGAGGACACUCCCGUGUGGUAAGGGACCCCCGUCAUUCUCUGUGUGUGAAUGUUCCCUCUUGGCUGUGUAGACACCAGCGUUGUCCCCCGCCUCCUUACCCAACUCUUUCCAGAUAAAACAAAGUGGACACUAGUGCAUAUGUGAAGUGUAUCUUUUUAAUACUCGGCCUUCGGAUAUAAAUAUUCCUGGGGGUUAUAAAGUUUUAUUUCAAAGCAGAAAACAGGGCCGCUAACAUUUCUGUCGGGUCGGUUAUCUAGUGCUGUCACAUUUCAAAUGUCAUUGUCCCCUAGUCGAAGAUGUUUCCACCAGCUUCUUGUUUUUGUGCGCUUCCGUCCUCUAAAACUAAGUGGAAUUUAAUUAAUAUUGAAGGUGUAAACAUUGUAAGUAUUCAAUAAACCACUGCGUGUUUUUUUUAC